GAGUACCCGGUGUUGCACUGCCCAGAUGAAAUUAUGGCUUCGACAGACACAAAUCUCUAUUAUUCCACUGUGUAUUGGAAUGUAUCAGUUACCGAUAACUCAGGCUCUGUAACCCUAAAUUGCACAAGCAAAUCUGGUGAUCAGUUUAAUGCUAUUUGGCCAGUAGCACAACAACCGGUUACAUGUUUGGCAGUGGAUACACACGACAAUGUUGAAUCAUGUACAUUUAAUAUAACUGUUUAUGAUGAUGAAAACCCGGAAAUAGUUUGUCCAGCUGACGUCAAUGUAACAACUGAUCCUGGACUGUCUACCACAUUUGUUAAUUGGACAAUCAUUUACACAGACAACACAGACACUUUGUAUGAUGUCAGAGUAACAGGAUCUGGUACAAGCUACAAUCAAACUGGAGAGAUAUUUUCAAUUGGAAUUACUACACUUGAGUAUAUUGUAACUGACGUAUUUGGAAACAAUGAAACCUGCAGAUUUGCUAUUUUAGUCAUAGAUAAAGAAGAUCCCAUCAUUACAGGAUGUCCAAGUGACAUAUCUGUAAACACUACUCGAAUGUCUUCCUAUGCAAACGUUACAUGGCUUACACCUAAUACAACAGAUAAUUCUGGGACUGUGUCACUAGAUUCCAUUUAUUCAUCUGGAGACGGUUUUCCAGUAUCAACGACCACUGUCGUAUAUACUGCCACUGAUCCAUAUAAUAACACAGUUAUUUGUUCUUUCGAUGUAACCGUAAUAGAUCCUGAGAUGCCUUGGUUCAUAAAUUGUCCGAUGGAUAUAGAGUCAAACACAAACACAGGUCUACCGUAUGCGAACGUAACUUGGCAAGAACCAAUUGCGAUGGAUAACGCUGGAGACGUUGAUGUGGUUCAGACAGCAGAUCCUGGUGAUGGCUUUGAUGUUGGUACUCAUAUGGUUACUUACACAGCAAUUGAUGAGAAUGGAAAUUUGGCAGAAUGUUCUUUUUUCAUUACUGUAUUAGAUUUGGAGGAUCCGCUUAUAGCCGACUGUCCAAUGAAUAUUACCAAUUCAACGGCUCUUGGGGAAAUGUUUGCUAAUGUAACCUGGUAUCCUGAACCUACUGCAAUUGAUAACUAUUUGCUGGUGGCAUUUAAUCAGACAUAUAACUCUGGUGAUAGGUUUUUUGUUGGUGUAACAACGGUAAUUUAUAUAGCAGUAGAUUCAUCAGGAAAUGAAGCGAAAUGCAUAUUUGAUAUAAUAAUACAAGAUGAGGAAAACCCAAUAAUAACCAACUGUCCAAGUGAAAUUCAUCAGACUACAGAUUACAGAGAGCCAAUUGCAGUGGUUGUUUGGGCUGAAGUUAUUGCUGUGGACAACCAAUACAUUAUGAACUUUACCAGUAAUUACAGAUCUGGUGAUACUUUUGUUAUUGGAGUUACGGAAGUCAAUUACACAGCAAUCGAUCCCUCAGGCAAUAUCGCCAUAUGCACAUUCUAUGUGAAUAUUACUGAUUACGAGUACCCUGUGUUGCACUGCCCAGAUGAAAUUAUGGCUUCAACAGACACAAAUCUCUAUUAUUCCACUGUGUAUUGGAAUGUAUCUGUUACCGAUAACUCAGGCUCUGCAACCCUAAAUUGCACAAGAAAAUCUGGUGAUCAGUUUAAUGCUAUUUGGCCAGUAGCACAACAACCGGUUACAUGCUUGGCCGUGGAUCCAUACAACAAUGUUGAAUCAUGUAUAUUUAAUAUUACUGUUUAUGAUGAUGAAAACCCGGAAAUAGUUUGUCCAAGCGACGUCAAUUUAGCAACUGAUCCUGGACUGUUUACCACUUUUGUUAAUUGGACAUUCAUUUACACAGACAACACAGAUACUAUGUAUGAUGUCAGAUUAACAGGAUCUGGUUCAAGCUACAAUGAAACUGGAGAGAAAUUCUCAAUUGGAACAACUACACUUGAGUAUAUUGUAACUGACGUAUUUGGAAACAAUGAUAGUUGCAAAUUUGUUAUUUUUGUCACAGAUAACGAAGAUCCCGUCAUUACAGGAUGUCCAAGUGACAUAUUUGUAAACACUACUCGAAUGUUUUCCUACACAAAUGUUACAUGGUUUUCCCCUAAUGCUACGGACAAUUCUGGUACUGUGUCACUAGAUUCUAUUUAUUCAUCUGGAGACGGUUUUCCAGUAUCAACGACCAGUAUCAUAUACACUGCCACUGAUCCAUAUAAUAACACAGCUAUUUGUUCUUUCGAUGUUACAGUAGUAGAUCCUGAGAUGCCUUGGUUCAUAAACUGUACGAUGGAUAUAGAGUCAAACACAAACACAGGUCUGCCAUAUGCGAACGUAACUUGGCAAGAACCAAUUGCGAUGGAUAACGCUGGAUACGUUGAUGUGGUUCAGACAGCAGAUCCUGGUGAUGGCUUUGAUGUUGGUACUCAUAUAGUUACUUACACGGCAAUUGAUGAGAAUGAAAAUUUGGCAGAAUGUUCUUUUUUCAUUGCUGUAUUAGAUUUGGAGGAUCCGGUUAUAGCCGACUGUCCACAAAAUGUUACAAAUUCGACGGCUCUUGGGAAAAUUUAUGCUAACGUAUCCUGGUAUCCUGAACCUACUGCAAUUGAUAACUAUUUGCUGGUGGCAUUUAAUCAGACAUAUGGCUCUGGUGAUAGUUUUUUUGUUGGUGUAACAACGGUAAUUUAUAUAGCAGUAGAUUCAUCAGGAAAUAAAGCAGAAUGUGUAUUUAAUAUUACAAUACGAGAUGAGGAAAAUCCAGUAAUAACCAACUGUUUAAGUGAGAUUCAUCAGACUACAGAUGACAGGCAGCCAACAGCAGUAGUUUUUUGGACAGAACCUAUUGCUAUGGACAAUCACUAUAUUAUGAAUUUUACAAGUAACUACAAAUCUGGUGAUACAUUUGUCAUUGGAGUUACUGAGAUCAAUUACACAGCAGUUGAUCCCUCAGGCAACAUAGCCAUAUGCUCAUUCUAUGUGAAUAUUACUGAUCACGAGUACCCGGUGUUGCACUGCCCAGAUGAAAGUAUCCUGGCUUCAACUGAUAGAAAUCUCUAUUAUUCCACUGUGUAUUGGAAUGUAUCGGUUACUGAUAACUCAGGAUUUACAACCCUAAAUUGCACACACCAGUCUGGUGAUCAGUUCAGUGCUAUUUGGCCAGUAACACAACAACCUGUUACAUGUUUGGCAGUGGAUCCAUAUAACAAUGCUGAAUCGUGUUUAUUUAAUAUAACUGUUUAUGAUGAUGAGAACCCAGAAAUACUUUGUCCAGCUGACGUCAGUGUGACAACUGAUCCUGGACUGUCUACCACUUUUGUUAAUUGGACAGUCAUUUACACAGACAACACAGAUACUAUGUAUGAUGUCAGAGUAUCAGGAUCUGGUACAAGCUACAAUGAAACAGGAGAGAAAUUCUCAAUUGGAAUAACUACACUUGAGUAUGUAGUUACUGAUAAAUUUGGAAACAAUGAAACCUGCAGAUUUGAUGUUUUUGUCACAGAUAAAGAAAAUCCAGUCAUUACCGGAUGUCCAAGUGACAUAUCUGUAAACACUACUCGAAUGUCUUCCUACACCAAUGUCACAUGGCUUAAACCUAAUGCAACAGACAAUUCUGGUAUUGUGUCACUAGAUUCAAUGCAUACAUCAGGUGACGGUUUCCCACUAUCAACUACCAGUGUCGUAUACUCUGCCACUGAUCCAUAUAAUAACACAGCUAUUUGUUCAUUCGAAGUGACUGUAAUAGAUCCUGAGAUGCCAUGGUUCAUAAAUUGCCCAUUGGAUAUUGAGGCAAACACAGACCUAGGCCGUUCAUAUGUAAAUGUAACUUGGCAAGAACCAAUUGCCAUGGACAACAGUGGUGAUGUUGAUGUGGUUCAGACUGCAGAACCAGGUGAUGGUUUUGGUGUUGGUACUCAUCUAGUCAGUUACACAGCAAUUGAUGAACAUGAAAACGUGGCAGAAUGCUUUUUUACUAUAAAGGUGUCAGAUAAUGAAGUACCUGUGUUUAAUUGCGACAUCAAUAAUGUGACUGUACAAGUGGAUAUAGACAGUUCUACCUCUAGAGCAUCUUGGACAUUGGAUGACGCAACUGAUAAUGUUGGAGUGGUCAGCAUGACCCAGACUUAUAACCAGUCCUUUGAAUUCGAAAUUGGCAGGACAUCAGUUACUUAUACAGCAACAGAUGCUGCUGGGAAUGAAGGGAAUUGUUCUUUUGAUGUUAUUGUAUUAGAUUUUGUGCCUCCUGUAUUGGUUUGUUCUCCGAAUUUAACUGCCUAUGCUGGUCCGGACUCAGCAAACGCUAACGUGUCUUGGAUGUUGCCAAUAACAUCUGACAACAGUGGUGUUAAUCCGACUCUUGAAUCUAACCUUGAACCCAACAAUAUCUUUGACAUUGGUACACAUACAGUUAUUUACACUUCAUCAGAUAAAUCUAAAAAUGUGGCAACUUGCUCCUUUAAUGUAACAGUAAUUGACGACACUAGACCAUUACUUAAUUGUCCAGAUGACUUCAGAAUGAUUUCUACAGAUCCAGGGAAACCUUACUCUACUAUACGUUGGAAUGUGACAGCUACUGAUAACUCAGGCCCGGUAAAUCUAAACUGCUCCAGAGAAUCUGGUGAUCACUUCAAUGUAGUUUGGCCAACAGUAGAAGAAAACGUAACUUGUAUUGCACGUGAUCAGUAUGACAAUAUAGCAUCGUGUAUAUUUUUUGUUUUAAUUUACGACGACGAGCCUCCUGAAAUUGUUUGUCCAAGAGAUUUCAACUUAACUACUGAUGUUGGACAUCCAACCGCUGCUGUUGAAUGGACAGUUAAAUAUACAGACAAUACUGAAAGUUUAUAUAAUGUUAACAUAUCAGGCACUGGCACAAGUUAUGAUCAAACAGGGACAGAAUUUGCAAUUGGUAUAACUGAAGUAGAAUACAUAGUAGGAGAUGUAUUUGGCAACAUUAAUAAUUGUUCUUUUAUGGUGUCAGUAAAAGACCAGGAAAAGCCGGUAAUUGUAGGAUGUCCAAAUGACACCGUUGUAAACACUACACAAAUGUUUUCUUACGCAAACGUAACAUGGGUCGCACCUACUGCAAUAGAUAAUUCUGGCAGUGUCACACUGCACACAAAUUAUACAACUGGUGAAGGUUUCUCAGUAUCAACAACUACUGUUGUAUACACAGCCAUCGAUCGAUAUGGUAACACAGCUAAUUGUUCCUUUGAUGUGACUGUGGUAGAUCCAGAAAUGCCUUGGUUUAUGAAUUGUCCAACGAAUAUGGAGACAAAUACAACUCAAGGUCUUUCAUAUGCUAACGUAACUUGGCAAGAACCAACUGCUAUGGAUAACGCUGGUGAUGUUGAUGUGGUUCAGACUGCAAACCCUGACGAUGGUUUUGGUGUUGGUAGUCAUAUAGUUACUUACACUGCAAUAGACGAACAUGACAAUGUGGCAAAAUGCACUUUUACAGUUAUUGUGUCAGAUUAUGAGGUGCCUGUCUUUGAUUGCAAUAUUAACAAUGUGACUGUAAGUUUGGACAUGGAUAGUUCUACCUCCACGGCUAAUUGGACAUUAGAAGAUGCCACCGAUAAUGUUGGUGUGGUCAGCAUGACUCAGAACUAUAACCAAUCGUAUGACUUUGACAUUGGCACAACAGUAGUUACUUAUAUAGCAACUGAUGCUGCUGGCAAUGAAGGAAGAUGCUCCUUUGAGGUCACUGUACUUGAUAUAACACCACCUCUGAUAAAAUGUGUGUUAAAUGUGACCGUCCCCACUGAUCCAAAUCUACCAACUGCCAACGUCUCUUGGGAGUUGCCGACAGCAUCUGACAACAGUGGAAUUAAUCCAAAGCUUGAUUCAAACUUACAAUCCUAUACUAUAUUUAGUAUUGGUUCAACUGAGGUGAAGUAUACAGCUACAGAUAGAUCUAACAACACAGCUAAAUGUUCAUUUCAAGUUAUUGUUAUUGAUACAGAAGAUCCAAUUCUUAUAUGUCCACCAAAUAUGCCAUUUGUUGAAACUGAUUCCAGGAGUGCAGAUGCCAUUGUAACUUGGAUGACUCAAGUCAAAGAUAACUCAGGCCAAUUCAAAAUAAUGUCAACACAUUCACCAGGAUUUGCCUUCCCAAUUGGAAAUACAACUGUGGUGUACAAUGUACAGGAUUUUGAGGGAAACACAGCCGAGUGUUCAUUUAUCAUCACAGUAAUAGAUAUGGAAAAACCUUAUCUUGUUUGUCCGGAUAAUGUUGUUAGUAAUACCGAUAAAAGUGCUACUUGGAAUGUUCCUAAACCACUCGAUAAUUCUGGACUGGAAGUUAACCUAACUGGUUCUGCUUCACCUGAAGAUUCAUGGGAAGACAUUGGUGUAUACUCUGUCAUUUAUACUGCAACUGAUGUAAAUGGAAAUAUUGCAAAGUGUUCUUUUAAUGUUACUGUCAUUGAUGCCUGCUCUGAUCAACAAUGUCUAAAUGGUGGGACUUGUCAAGAUCUUGGUGGAGAUUUCAAAUGUAUCUGUCCAGUGUUUUAUAGUGGUGAUUUAUGUCAAAAUGAACCAGAUUCUCCAGUUUUUACAGUAUUUCCAACUUCAGUAAAGGCCAAUCUUUAUAAAUCUAUCGAUCUUACGUGCAAAGUGGCCAAUUCAGGUGACUGGCAGUGGUAUAAGGAUAAUGUUCCCCUUUUCUCAACAAAGAAUCUAAAUCGAAUAACAGUUGUAAUGACCAUUGAUAAUCAAGGAUACUACACAUGCAGUGGAUAUGGAGCAGGACCUCACAAGGAUACUCUAGUUAAUUCAUCAGAGGUUCUGUUCGUUGUAAAUGGUACGUACUCUUUUCCUGCGUCUCUGACAUUUAACCGUAUGUUCAACGAAAGUUUUUCUGAUACAUCAUCUGCAGCUUUCAAAGAAGAAUCAUCAUUUCUCAAUAACUUUUUGAGCAAAGAUUUGUCGUUGAAUGGGGAUGUAAGCAUGCAAAUACGGCGCCUUUCUCUUGGUAGCGUCAUUGCAGAUAUUAAUUUCUAUGUACUGAACUCAAACGCUUCCUAUGAAGAAUUAUCAAAAAGUCUAACUGAGGAGUUAGUCAGAAUAGGAAAUAAUUCUAAUGGAUUACUCGACUCGGAAAAUGUUGUGAUACAAAGUACAGAAACUUGUGACGGAGAAAAGUAUGGUGACCAGUACACAUUUCCUGAUGCUAGUGUAGGAGAAACUGUUGACUCAGAAGAAACAUGUGAUGAAAGCAAAGUUUAUUAUCGCCGACGUCUAGCUAAUCGAACUUGUAACGGCGAUGGAUUUCGUCCUGCGUAUUGGGGCAAUCAUGUAAUAGCAGACUGCGGACCCGACGCCACUGCCGAACAACUGUUAAAACGUCUAAUGGAGGAGGAUGUCACACUAGAAAACGUUGAAGAUGUGAGCAUGGAAGUAGAAGAGAUUACUGGUAACGCAGAAGAGAUUACUGUGCAAGCAUUAGAAUCCACUGCUGAGAUAAUGGAGGAAAUUCUUAGUACAGAUUCUGAUUCUACUGAGGUGACUAGUGCUGUUGUUAGCGUAGUUGAUAACUUGUUCAGCGUUGAAGAAGAAAUUCUGAUGGAAAGUCAAGUGGAAGAUCAAGCCCCAACUAAGAUUGUUGAAGUUCUUGAAGAGCAACUGAGCCAGGUGGAGGUUGAUGAGAAAGGCGUUUACGAAGUAAUAACCCCCAAUAUUGCAGUACAGGCUCAGGUGGUUGAUGUCAGUGAAGUCAGUGAAGAGGAAAUAACUUAUCUUAGCUAUAUAUCAGAAUCAACUGAGAAUAAUGUAGGUGAGGUUCAACCAAUUGAUGAAAGCGAGGAAAUACCCGAUUCUGCAAAUGUGUCAAUUGCUCUUCCAGCCAGUAUUUCUGAGGUCGUUAUGGAAAGUAAUAUGACAGAUUUCCGGAUUGUAGUUAUUGUCUAUAACGACAGCAGAUUGUUCCAGUCAUCUCAGUUUGUUAAUGAAAGUUCCAGACGGAGACCAAAUAGUCAAGUUAUUUCUCUGUCUGUCCCUGGCUUAGAACGUGUUGAUUUGGAUGAACCUAUCCUUAUAACGUUUCUUCCCAUUGAAAUCUCUGAGACUAACAGGAAUACAACAUGUGUAUUUUGGGACUUCGGGCUUGACAACGGAACUGGAGGAUGGUCACCAGAGGGUUGUUCAUUGGUAAAUGGGUCUACAGAUGGGAGUGAUAGGCAGUACUGCGAGUGUAAUCACCUUACAAACUUUGCCAUACUUAUGGAUUUCUAUGACGUAGACAUGGAUGUUCUGCCACCACCGGCUGACAUCAUCACAAAAGUUGGUUUAAGUAUAUCGAUUCUCUCACUUUUCCUGACGGUCUUUACUUUUGUCACCAGCAGGAAAUUUCGGAAAAGUGAACCAAAGAGGAUCUUAAGUCAGCUGUGUUUGUCCUUGCUUGGUCUGUAUAUUGUAUUUCUUACUGGAAUUGACAGAACUGACAGCAAACGAUCGUGUGUGGUUGCUGGAGCGUUUUUGCAUUACUUCUUACUGUCUUCCAUCUUUUGGAUGAGUGUUCAAGCUGUGCAUAUGUACUACUUUUUUGUAAAAGUUUUUGAUUCUCAUGUGCGACACUUUUUCUUGAAAGCUUUCUUAUUUGCAUGGGGUUUACCACUGGUGAUUGUCUUAAUUUCUGCAUUUAUUGAUAUUGAUAGUUAUGUCAAUUCUGAUAGACAUUGUUUCCUGACCCUACAACGUAUGUACUAUAGUGUUGCAAUUCCUGUAGCCGUAUCACUACUUUUCAACUUUGUCGUUUUUAUUAUGGUCUUGUACAAUUUGAGCAAGCUCGGAAAAAACGCAACUAAGACUCAAAAAAGGCAAAAGAAAAUCAAAAGCAAAGGGAUGCAGAUGUUACAAAAUGGCGUGAGCAUCGCAAUGGUUCUGGGUUUAACAUGGCUCAUCGGCUUCUUCGCCAUUGGAGAUGCUUCAACAAUGAUGCUGUGGUUGUUUUGUAUUCUUAAUUCUUUCCAAGGAUUUCUCAUUUUCCUAAUGUACUGUGUCAGAAAUAAGGAAGUACGCAAUCACUGGCUAAAGCUUUUUCGCAGUGUACCGGGAGGUACAAAACGCCUUCGAUCGUUUAUGUCCGGCGAAACACGACGAUCAAGUUUAUUCUCGAGUUUGUUCAAAUCUCAAUCAUCUGGUAGGCAAAGAUCAUUCUCCAAUUCGUCUUCGUAUCCUACCCACCCUAGACAUUAUCACAGUGAAAAUAGUCAAGUUAAGCUCGGAAAACACUCAUCCACUUCGGAGAACGUCAAUCUAAGGCGCUGAUCCAUUCUCACCAAUUCAUUUUUCCAUACGUAUUCUAAACGAUAGUGCUAAGGUGGCCAACGUACUUCACAUGUAAGCCGUGUGUAACCUAUAAAAAAUGAUGAUUCACCGUCGUAGUUACUUGAACGUAUGAAAGAAAAAUGUUGAUGUUUGAUAUCAAUUAAAUUGAAAUGCCAAAAUCUUGCCUAUAUUAAUUUGUUAAGUAUUUUAAAGUCCUGUACCGCCUUUCAAAUUUGACAAAUACAAGUGACAUGACUAAUUAUGGUCAUGAUGCUUAUUAAUUUGUUACUUUAAAUGGUUGCUGCUGAUUUUUUAAAAGCAUCUUUAUUCAUUAUGCUUUUUUUUCUCUUAUGUAGGCCUCCUAUUUUGAAAUAUUAUAUAUAUUAUUAUGUACUAUACAUAAAUAACCACAUUUAUUUUGUUCAAGAUUUUUAAUUAAGGAUACAUUGAUUAUAUUAUGAACGAACCUAUAAGUAUGGUAAUAGAUACUGUAUGCUCCUUUAGUUUAUGAAAGUUCAUUAUUAAGGAAUUCAUGUACAUAUUAUAUAUAUACUGUACAUAUAAACGAAAUUUGUCACUUAAUCUAUAAUAUUUCCAUUCGAUAAUGGUUGCUUAGUGCGUAUUUUUUGUCAGUGUACUCAACAGCUAUUAUUACAAAAGUAUCUAAAAAAGUACAAGAUGUUCACACGAUAAGAGAAGAAUUACAAAACAAUCAGGAUGUUGUGUCAGAUGGUUUCAAGCAGGUAUGGGAGGUUUUUUGCAUCACCAAUUUUAAUUGAAAAUACUUUAUCAUGUAUUAUGCUUUCUUUGCCGCUUUUGUAUGUAAGGCUACAUUUUUUACAUGGUUUUCUUUAUUACUAAUAAAAUGUUAAAUAAUAAAUACUUGUUAUCCA